CACGAAGCUACUCCGAUCACAUGCAAACAACUUAGGAUGGACCUCGUCAGGACCCCUGCCUGGCUCUGUGCAUUGGCUGGCAUCCUAGCAUGCUUCGUUGCUCUAUCAGUUGUCUUGAGACGACGCAAAAGACGAGAGCUGAUCACUGAUUAUUCCCAGGUAGCGAGGGGGCUUGAUGCCCAAGGUCGUGAAUUUGACGAGUACGACUACAUCGUCGUUGGUGGAGGUACAGCCGGAUGUGUUCUUGCUUCCCGCCUCACAGAAGACCCACGUAUCCGCGUUUUGCUAGUCGAAGCUGGCACGAGUGGAAGGGCGCUGGUGGAGAGCAGAACCCCCUCGGCUUUCCCGAGCUUCGCUCACACCACCCAUGACUACAAACUAUUCACCGUACCACAGCGCCACGCCGCAAAUCGAAGGGUGUAUUGGCCAAGGGCACGUUUGCUGGGCGGCUGCUCUUCCAUCAAUGCAAUGAUAGCACACUAUGGAGCAUUUUCCGACUUUGAUGAAUUCGCCGAAAUAGUCGGGGACAACUCCUGGUCCUGGGAAAACUUCAAACAGUACUUUCACAAAUUCGAGAACUAUUCCCCUCACCCUCGAUUCCCGCACGUCGAUGUCUCCCAACGUGGAUCGUCGGGACCGGUGACCAUCGGAUAUCAUGCCUACACUUGGAAAGGGACCGAAAUGUUUCUCGACGCGUGUGUCAACGCGGGGAUAUCUUUCAAUCCAGAUUUCAACACGAGCGAUGGAACCAUUGGAGUAAACAAGAUAAUGUCAUACAUCGACCACCAUGGUGUGCGAGUGUCAACUGAAGCCGCAUACCUCACUUCUACCGUCCUUGCCCGUCCAAACCUCAAAGUCGUUACCAAUGCUCGUGUGACUAAGAUUCUCUUUGACACCUCACCUCCAAACAAGAACCCCCGGGCUAUCGGAAUCGAGUUUUCGGCUUUCGCACAAAAAGAUGUAGGUAGAAGAUUCAGAGUGAGGUCCAGAAAAGAGGUUGUCGUGUGCUGUGGCGCAGUGCAUACCCCGCAACUCUUAAUGCUUUCCGGCAUUGGUCCCGCAACACACCUCGAUGAAUGCGAUAUUCCUGUUGUCGCUGACCACCCCGGCGUCGGUUCCAACCUCUCUGAUCAUGUCACAUUCCACAUGCGACUCGCUGAAAGAAUGGGAAUAUCACUUGGUUACUUGCAACCCAGUGAUUUGCAUGCCAAAUUUAAACUUGCGCGCGAUCUUCUGAGAUACAAGUUGAGGGGAACGGGACCCCUGUCUUCGAAUUUUGGGGAAGGGGCCGCAUUCUUCCGUUCAGACGAUCCAGCUCUCUUCCCUGAGUACGACCACAACGUGCAAGAUAGUACAUCGGGACCGGGUUCCCCAGAUCUUGAGGUCAUGGUCGCGCCAGUCCUAAUUCGCGCUGACGGAAGUCUGGGUUUAAACGGGUACAUGUUCUUACCGGUUUUGCUGAGACCUACGAGUGUUGGUACCGUCAGGUUGAAAUCUGCGGACCCAUGGGAAGAUGCUCUCAUCGACCCAAAUUAUUUGUCCACCCAACACGAUAUCGACGUGCUAAUGCGUGGCGUUCGCCUUGCCUACAAGAUAGCACACACUCCUCCGUUGUCUGACCUCACGGAUUCCGCUAACGACGACCCGGAGUUGGACCAUCAUUUUGGGCGACUGAGCGACAGCGAGCUGCAACAAAUAAUACGCAGCAGAGCAGAUACAAUUUGUCACCCUGUCGGCACGUGUGCGAUGGGUAAAGACGGUGUCGCAGGUGCCGUGCUUGAUCCGCAAAUGAGGGUUAGAGGGAUCAGUGGUUUGCGCGUUUGUGACGCGUCCAUCCUCCCAAAGCUGGUGUCGGGUCAUACAGCCGGAGUUGUCAUUGCCAUUGCAGAAAAGUUGGCGGAUAUUAUCAAGGCCGAGUACAAAUAG